AUCAUCAGCAGCCGACGGGGAGUUUAGAAGGACCUCAACACCGGGCAUGAAAAUAAAAGUGAAUCCAGUCUGAAGAACUUGUAGAUUUAGUUGAUUUAUUAAACUCGGUGAGUUUUAUCCUGGACGUCGCCAUGUUUGUCUCCUCAGAUGAUUCUCCUCCCUCCCUCACAGACUUCACCCUCGUCAUGCCGGCUGUGGCUGUCGGUAACGUGGCUCAGCUGGCGGUGGACCUCAUGGUGUCCACUCUCAACAUGAAACGAGUGGGCUACAUUCACACGGACUGUCUGAUCCCGAUGGCCGGGAACAACCCGUACUCCACCUGCAGAGAAGACGCCGAGGAGCUGCACACCCCUGCAGAAGUUUAUACGGCGCCAGAACUGAAGUUGGCAGUUCUUCAGAUCAGAGCUCCAAUCAUUCAGACAAAAUCCAAAAAGUUCCGUCAGCAGAUCGUGUCCUGGAUCAAAACCAGUGGCUUCUCUCGGACUGUGAUUCUGUCCAGCAGCCACGCCUACCAAAGGGAUGACCAACAGAUGAAAGGCACUCCUUUGAGGUACCUGGUCACUCCGUCGCUGCUGAAGGUGAGUGCAGACGCCUUGAAGGAGUUGGGCUGGAGGGAAAUGGAGCGAUUGCCGGCCUUCCCGGGACUGACGGACACCAACGCAGAGUUGCGCCUCAGCAUCCCUGGAGGAGGCAUCACCAAAGGACUCUACACAGACAGUUGUGCGGAGGAUCUUCCCCUGGCUGUGAUCUUGCUCUUCUGCUCUGAAGGCGACAACAUACCAGACGCUUUCACCCUCGUCAACCACCUCAAUGACUGGCUCCACCUGCUGGACAACCCUCGCCAAGAGCCCAACAAAUGGAAGAUCCCACCGUCCUGGAGUCUUCUGUUUGGCAGCGGCAUCCCUCCUGCAAUGUUCUAAUUCACUUAGGUUUACUUUACAGCAAGAACGUAUUUGUAUUUCAGACAUCUGCUUAUCGAAAGCUUUUUGUCUGAUAAUACUGGACGCUGUAUUUUGAGUUACUCAGUCUGAACAAAUAACCCGGAAACCCCAUAUUAAAUUUCACACUUAUCAGUUUCCUUUAUUUGAAUAAUAUUCCUUAGAUAUACAAAUAUUACAUUAUGUACAGGGUAUGACUCAGAUGUGCACUUGUGAAAUAUUGUAGUUUUGCAGUAUUUGAAAGUUUUUUUUCUCCAAUAAAUUUUUUUUAACAUAAA